AUGGAAAGGAUUGGCGGGGAGGACUUCGAAGAGCCAACAGAAGGAGAAAGCACAGAUUCGGAGGAGGAAACGGGUGCAAUGUCGGGCCAUUCGUUUGAUAUCAAGUCUGGUUCCAGUAGCCAGUUGGAUGCAUCGAAAGUGUUGACAUCCCACGGUGAAAAAAUUAAGCCCGAACAAUCAUUAUUGUCACUUCAGCAAUCCCACAGUGCCACAGAGACAGUGCCUCUCCUAAGAAGCCACUCAAUGCCUUCUGCUGCAUGCACUAUAAGCUCCCCACAUACCUUUAGAGGUAGCUAUUCAUUUGAUGAUCACAUCAUGGAGCCUGAAGUCUUAAGCCGCAGUCAAGCGUUUUCUUCCCAUCCUCGAAUGCUAAAACGACAACCAGCUAUUGAGCUACCUUUGGGAGUAGAAUACGUCUCAGAGGAGGUUAGCUCUGCGAACAAAGAAACUGUUUCCAAACCUCCUGAGGAGCCUGAAACCAAGGAAAGCGAUCUUACCAAAAAGUCAAGGAAGGGUCCGAAAGUUAAAGGGUUCAUGUACGAGUGUAACAUAUGUGGUGCUCGGUAUAAGAAAAGGGACAAUUAUGAAGCCCAUAAGAAAUACUACUGUUCAGAACUGCAGCUCUCAAAGCCUCGCUCUUCCACUUCCCAUACCUCUUCAGAGACUGAGAAAAGUGUUGCGGAUCCUGACACAUGGCCCCAGAUGAUGCAUUACAAGCUAGGGAGCAGUUUGGAGCUCACCCCACUCCGAAAAAGACGAAAGGAAAAGAGUCUCGGUGAUGACGAGGAGCCUCCAGCUUUCGAGUUGUCUGACACUCCCUCCUCCAGUACUGGGCCAGGGACUCAGUUUGCAAACCUGGCAUCAUCUGAUGUCGCUUUAAACCUAACCCGCGAAUCCAUUAAGUCACCAGCAGAUCCGGGUAAAUCCACACCUUCUGAUGCCAGUGCCAGCUUUCAUUCCAGGAGUACCAAACUGUCUUCGAGUGCAGAGGGCAAAGAGAGAAGAACGACCUCAAAGGAGAUCUCUGUCAUCCAGCACACGAGCUCCUUUGAGAAGUCUGACUCUAUCGAGCAGGCGAGCAGCUUGGAAGGAGAAGAGAAGCCCUUGUCGCAGUACUCGUCUCAGCCAACACCCCAGCACAGCCGACCGCCUCACUCCCUGCAGCCCAAGCUGGUACGCCAGCCCAACAUCCAGGUCCCAGAGAUUCUGGUCACGGAAGAGCCCGACAGACCAGAAAUGGAGCCAGAGCCUCCUCCGAAAGAGCCAGAGAAAACGGAGGAAUUUCAGUGGCCACAGAGGAGCCAGACCCUUUCUCAGCUCCCUGCAGAGAAACUCCCACCAAAAAAGAAGAGGCUGCGGCUGGCAGAAAUGGCUCAGUCCUCUGGAGAGUCCAGUUUUGAAUCAGUCUCUCUCACCCGAAGCCCAAGUCAGGAAAGCAGCAUAUCCCAUGGCUCCAGCCACUCUGUGUCGUUCGAUCGUGAAGAUCACAGCAAGUCGGAGUCAACCGGCCAGCCCUCUGAAUCCCACCCAAAGCCUCCUGGCAUUGGCUCACAUAUGUUGAUGGUACCAAGCCACCAUCAUCAUUCCAGGGAAAUGCGGAGAUCUGCUUCUGAGCAGACACCGAACGUGUCACAUCCUUCCCAGAUGUCAGAGACCCGCAGUAAAUCAUUUGACUACGGGAGCUUGUCGUCCACUCCUGCCUCAACCGCCGGCCCCUCGGCCUCCUCGGCUCCACAGGAGAGAAGGAAAUGCUUUCUGGUUAGGCAAGCGUCCCUCACUAGACACCCAGAGCAUGAGCCAGACUUGGGCCCAACAGGCCGGCCAGAGACAGAAGAUUCAGUUCCUUCUUCAAGUCGAAAAGAUAUAACUAGAGCUGAGAAGGAAGAGGAUAAAAGAGGAAAAUCAGAAGAAGAGGCUCUUGUAACCAAAAGAGGGGAGCCAGUCAGGAUCAAGAUCUUUGAAGGAGGGUACAAAUCAAACGAAGAGUAUGUGUAUGUGCGAGGCCGUGGAAGAGGGAAGUAUGUAUGUGAGGAGUGUGGAAUUCGCUGCAAGAAACCCAGCAUGCUGAAGAAACACAUUCGCACGCACACAGACGUCAGGCCAUAUGUCUGCAAGUACUGUAACUUUGCUUUUAAAACCAAAGGGAAUCUGACUAAACAUAUGAAGUCAAAGGCCCACAGCAAAAAAUGUCAGGAGAUGGGCGUGUUGGUAUCUUCACUGGUGGAUCUGGAAGCCGAAGAAGUGGAGAACCUUGAAGACCUAUUCCAGGACUCUGAGGGGCGGGAGGGAUCUGAGCCAACUGAGGAACACCAGUUUUCAGACCUAGAGGAAUCUGACGAUGAUGAUGACAAUGAAGAUGAGGAAGAUGAGGAGGAAGAGGAGAGCCAAGAUGAGCCACCUUUAAAAUUGCCAGAAGGCAAGCAUACCACCCUCGCGAUGCACUCUUCAGGUGGCUCUCCAUCUUCUCAAGAGGAAGGCACCGAAAUAGCUUUGUCCUUAGCCCAAGAAACUGUUUCCAGCAGCCAAAAAACCAGCUUUGACCUCCACCGAACAAUUGGCUUCUGCUGA